AUGAAGUUACUUACUAUGAAUUUCCUCACUUGCGCGCGCAAGACGUGCAAGUCUUCGCCGGCGGCCUUCCCUUUGCAUCCAAAGGAGGCAGAACUCGAACAGAUCGAGCUGGACAUGAACCCGCUGUUUAUCAAGAACAUGCUUCCUCGACUGGACUGGGAGGCCAUGAAGACUUUGACACAAGAGCUCGGGCUGCCGAAUCUGCCAGCAGAGACCCCAGAACCAGAAGCACUCGUCGACGAGAAUGAGGAGCCAUCACAAAUCUUGAAAGAUCUCCACCUGCUGCUCAUGGAGACGAGCAUCGCAAGUGGAAAGCUAGUCUGCGGCAACUGCGGCCACGAAUACGCAGUGAAGGAAGGAAUUGCCAACUUCCUCUUGCCAAGCCAUAUGGUUUGA